UUGUGCAAAUAAUUGGCCUAUUAUUGUACUACUCAUUGGCCUACAUUCUAAUGAAUAUAUACCACAGAAAUAUUGUUUAUAGCAAAGGCCCUGUUCAUUUAAAACAUUAAUUACCUAAAAACUCAAUUUAUACAUCCUUUUUUACAGAUAGUCUCGAAGUGUAUUACCAACGCCGGAAAUUAAACUUUGGUUCUUUUUUUAUAUUUUAUUACCUAUUAACGAGACCUUUAAGUGAAAACUUUGUUACUCGAUACAGGUCAUAGACUAAUCAAUGUACAACAGUGACAGUGCAGCACUAUUAAUGUCAAAUCGAAAAAAAACUAAGCCAUUGCGAUAGCACGAUCGACGAUGGUAUUUUUAUAAAAAGACCGAGUUAAAGUCAUUAAACAGAAAUAAUAACAUAAAAUUUGAUAUCCUUGAAAAAGCUAUUGAGUGAAGUGAUACAAUAAAACCUUUCAUAUAGUAUGUUUGUGUUUGAAUGAUCAAGAUGUGGGACUUGCCAUACUUGUCUUGUUUAGUUUUGUAUAUAUUUUCAUUUCAAGUUAUUGUUAUAAAUUCUCGCACCUCUAAUAUUUGGAAAUUGAAUUUAGAAGAAGACCUUAUUGUAGAUGGCAAAACUUUGUCUCAAGAUGACACAGAAAAACCAUUAAGUGAGGAAGACACCGUAUUCAAUAUAAUAACAUCUACAGUUUACUACGGGAAUACAUGGACGAAACAUGGAUUUGAUAUGUUUUGCACAGAUUGUCAGAUUUAUGAACAACAGAGAGCUGGCAGUGAAACUAAUGAAGAUACACCACCAUCAGAAACAAAUGGGCACUCAGAUGAUGAAUAUUUAGAUUGUGGCAAAGCAGUAAACUUCACUUACUAUGAUAACUUAGUUGGAGUUGCUAGACGACACAGACAUCCUAAUGUACCUGAACCACAGGUUGCAUUGAUAUUCACAAAAAAGAAAAAUGGAGUCACGGAAUUUGAUAUAAAUUCUUUAGAGAAACGUCUAAAGAAGGCGAAAAGAGAAAAACCCAAAUCAGUACAGUUAUACAAUCAGAUUGGCAACUUUUGGAGAAUCAAAGGAGACACUCGACAAUCGAUAGAGUGUUUCCGGCGAGCACUAGCAGUGGCACCUUACAAUGCUGAGGUGCUACUGAAUCUGGCGCGAGUCCUGUUCACGCUGCAGUACUUGGACGACGCCAUCUACCUGACGCGCCGAUCGCUCGAGGUGCAGCCCCCGGACCGUAGCGCAUGGCAACAGUACUUCACGCUCGGCGAGAUAUUCAAAGCGUACGGACAUUAUCAGGAAGCAGCGCUUCACUUGAGACACGCGCUGGCUCUGAAGCCGGACUUCGAGCCAGCGCUCGCCGCACUCAAAGAUAUCGAGAAUAUACCGGAGGCUUCGGUUCACGUGUACACAUUACUCAUCAUUAUUUGUUUGGUAAUGGGUGUACUGCUAGUGAUAUUGUCGUCGGUGGACAGCGGCACCGACACGGAGGAGCCCAAGACGCAGAGACAUUUUAACCGAGCGAUGGCGAUGCGAUCUCUCCGAGGCGUCGCCUUCUCCGGCUCGAGACGGAAGAAAGGCGGAUCCUAAAAUACAGUACCGAACAAAGCCCCUAAACUCGAACGAACUGUUUGAUUCAAACCUCACGUAUUUGAUGAAGUUCUUUAAAUAUAUAUAACUAUAGAUACACUUUACGAUACUUACAUUGUAUUACGCAAUUCACUCGCGUGCCCCUUGAGUGUUAAAAAUGCAGAUGCUAACAACAACUGUAAAUCUUAAACACAUAAAAAUCAGAAGAAUAAACGAACAUGCAUUUACUAAUUUUAUAUAAUAUAUUUUGAUGUAACCACAUUUAUAGUCAGGGUGAAAGUAACGAACCAUCAUAUUAUAUAGUAUAGUAUAUACUAUAUAAUUUCGUCACUCCAUCACCGUGGACAGUAAAGAAAAAAGUCUUAUUUAAGCUAGCUCAAAACCUGCCUAAUUAAUCUGGAAUUUUAAUAGAAUUGUAAAGGAUCAAAAUGUUUUAAGUAAUACCAACACUCCGUUGUUUGAAUCAAGCAGUGGUGCAGUUUUGGGGCGUCCUUUUUAUAAGCCUGAGUACAUGACCUCCAUUAAACAAAACCCGACUGUUGGAAAUUAUACCUUCACUUGUUAUUAUUGAAACUUUUAAAUCAAAACCUAUUAGUACAAAAAUAAAUAAUGAAUUUGCUCAAGCUAUUGUUGAUUUACGUUGUGAUUUGCAUUUAAUUAAAUAUUCUAAUUUGUUUCUAAUUAAUAAUAAUUCUAAUCAAAGGAGUGUGAAUUGGUAUACAGUUUUCAAUAGUCGGCCUCCAAAUUCUAAUUGUACAUGUAUGUAUUACAAUGGAUUGUCUAUUUUAUUUCCUGUCGUAUACUCAUCAAUAGAUUUUCGUACAAAUUUGUUUACGAUUUUCCGAGUUUCAUCUUAUGAUAUAUAUAUAUAUAUAUUUUUUUGUUAUUUAGCAUUUGGUUUUACAUAAUUUAAAUUCAAUGUUUUACAAAAACCAAAAAAAAGUAUUCAAGAUAUAUAUUUUUGUAAUAAUUCUAAACUUUUACAUUUAGUUUAAGUACAUUCUUUGUAACAUUACGAAACUGUGUACAGUUUACGGUACGUAACAUUUUUUGAGUUCCUAUUUGAUACCUAUGAUCUUUGUUUUCUUUUUGUUUGUUUUUUUUUAAUUGAUUUCGUUCAUAUAGUAUGUAUAUGAAUUAACGGGAAUAAAUAUUGGCACAAUGUCUGGAAUUAUAAAUGUAAAGAUUCAUCAUUAUAAAUAUUUUAACGUAACGUUUUAGGUCAUGUAAAAUUACGGAUGGAGUCAAGUUACAGUAUUCGAAACGACUGUUUGUUUAUAGUUUUAAUGUGUUUUUUUUUUUCUCUUUUUUGUUGUUUUUUUAUAUGGAGAUCUUAAACUCAGGCCGAGAUAACGAUCAAACUUUUUGUUUGCAAGAAAUCGCCAGUUGAUUCUGAAAUGAUACCGCCGUCUGUACGUUAAAAUUGAACUUUAAACUUAGCACUGUUCCGUUUGUUAGCAUUGUUUUAUUUUUAUUUAAACAUUCUUAAUUUAAACUUGGUAAGAUUUUUAUGAUUAAAAUAGUAAUAUACGAUUCAAAAAUGUUGAUUUUGAUUUUUUAUGAUUUUUUUUUACGAUCUGGGAAGCUACGAUAUGACUGGUUGUGUUUUUUUUAUUAUUAUCUUAACGGAACAGUGCUAACUCUAGGAAUUGUCUACAAAACACGUUCAUUUAAACGAGGCCAAAACGGUCUUGCCAUGUCUUGUUUGAUCUCUGCUCUGUAGUACUUUACUCACUACAUAGUCAUUUUCUACUGUGUCAUUUUAGCAGUUUAAAAAUACGAUACCAUAUUUUUUACAUGCAAAAUAAACUAACCAAAUCCGCUCCGUUCAGAGUAAAGUGUACGUAUUUUUAAGAUAUUGUUCUUAUUUUAACAAACGCUUUUUGAUAAGUAAUAGUAAUUUUACGAUGUUUGUAGCCAGUUGAAAUAAUGUGAACCUCGAUUUUUUUAUGUAUCGUAGUUUCGACACGGAAAAUAAGAAUAAUAUAUGUGUUACGUAACAAAUUUUUAUAUAUAAACAAGGACGAAGAAAAGAAAAGCUAAAAUAAAAAAAAAUGUCCCUAGAACACAGACCAUAAACAUUUUCAGGCUAUUACUUUUAUAACAUGGCAACCUUUCAUACCACACAUCUGUGGUUAAUUCAAAACUGCUAAAGACUUACGGGAAUACAAAAAUUAAAUCAAUAAAGACACGUUUGUGGCCAGCAAAGCAACGAAAGUAUCACCUGCAACCUAGUCAUUCGCUUAGACAAGUCGGCCAUCGUGGCGUGGUGGCCUGUGUGUCGUUUGUAGUGCAUGCUAAAAACUUGUUAAGUGUUCGUAGCCUCUAAGGAUUUAAUGGAAGAAGCGAGUCUUAUAAUUCUGAGAUCGGUAAAAAAUGUACCUGUUUUCAGUGGUUCUUUUUGUUAUUUUUUUUUUUGACUAUUUAUAAUAUAUUGAUUGUCUUAGCAUCUA